AUGAGAACUGAUAAUCAAAAUAAUUUUGAGAUCCUUGUCUUCACUUUGUUACUAUCUUUGAUACUCCCUUACUUUGUGAAUUCCUCACCAACCACCUCAAUUAACUCAAAUAAACAACGCUAUAUUAUAGUUUUCAAUAAUAAUUACUCAUCUCCAGAACCAUUGCAAAAUCACGAAUUACACUUUGCAUGGAUCACUAAAAAAUAUAAUAAACAUGUAAUCCAAAGCAAUACAGUGAAUCAUCAAGUCAGACGAAGCAAUAAUUUCGUCAAAUCGACCAAUUCAACACAAAAAUCGGACAAUAAUCAAAUUCAUUAUUUUUCUAUUGGCGAUAAUUUUCGCGGUUAUAUUGGUGAAUUCGCUCCUGAAUUCGUUAAAAUACUAAAUCAACGCGAAGAAGUCGCGUAUGUUACGAAAGAUGAUCAAGUUCAUGUCGCCUUAGAAAAUGACGAUUAUGUAUGCUUCAGUGAAAAAAAUGAUGGCGACACGAAAGAGGGAUUUGGCACUCGAACUCAAGAGAAUGCUCCUUGGAACUUGGAUCGAGUUGAUCAGCGUAAUCUGCCACUUGAUAAUAUUUAUGCAUCUCCAGUGACUGGUGGUCGUAGAGUAAAAGUUUAUGUGAUUGAUACAGGAAUAAACACACUCAAUCCAGACUUUGAAGGACGCGCAGUCUGGGGUACAACAACUCGCAAAGGUGCCCAUGAUUUCGAUGAUUACGGCCACGGCACCCACGUAGCUGGAGUCAUAGCAGGAAAAGUACACGGAGUAGCAAAAAUUGCAACCGUAAUUGCAGUGAAAGCUCUCUCACAUACUGGUAACGGAGCAUGGAGCGACGUGAUUGCAGCGAUGGAUUGGAUUGCAGAAAGACACAAAAACGAUAAAACGCAAAAAACAGUUGUCAAUCUUUCAUUGACAGGAAACUACUUCCUACCUGCCAAUCAAGCAGUAAAGGCAUUAGCAGAAUUAGGCAUACAUGUUGUAGUCGCAGCUGGAAACUAUGUAAAAGCAAAUGCGUGUUAUUUUUCUCCAGCUUCAGCGCCGGAAGCAAUUACAGUAGGCGCGACAAAUAUCACCGAUCACAUUGCGCAAUUUUCUAAUGGUGGUAGUUGUGUAGAUGUUUUCGCCCCAGGUCAAAAUAUAAAAUCUGCAUGGAAUAAAGUCGAAGAAAUGCCUGUACGAUCAAUGUCCGGCACUAGUAUGGCUGCGCCACACGUCGCUGGCGUUGUCGCUCUAUUGAUUAGUCAAUAUGGUAAUAAAUCGCCCGCGGAAAUGCAGCAAACUAUUAAGGAUAUGGCCACAAAAGGCGUCUUGAAAAAUGUCGCAGAGUAUCCAAAGAACACGACUAAUGCUUUACUUUUCGUUUGUUAG